AUGGAGUAUCAGGAUGCAUAUGAAGACACUAACAUGGAUAUUCGUCAGUUGUCUGAAAAACAAGAGACGCUUCUUGUAAUCCUACCGAUACCGUCGGCUAUUCUAAGCAUAUUUGGAAGUGUUGUCAUCAUCACUAUGGCGUUCAAGUCUCGCCAGAAAACACACUGGACUCCAUACCAUGGAUUGCUGACAGGAAUGUCCAUCUGCAAUAUUAUCUUCUCUGUUAAUCUGGCAGUAGGAAGCUUUCUAUAUCCAAGGGAAACAUCAAGUCGAUUCUGGGCUUUUGGCAACGAAGCCUCAUGCGAUGCCAUCGGAUUCUUCAACCAAUUCAGCGGUCCUGCCGCUAUGCUUUACCAGACCAUGUUGAGCUUCUACUUUCUGUUGACAACCAGAUUCAAGUAUAGUGACAGUGACAUUGCGAGAAAGUUUGAAACUUCAAUGCAUGUGGUCUGUUUGGGCUGGCCGAUGCUGAGUGCCUAUGCAGCUUUGUACUGGGGCUUUUAUGGCGAACGUAAAAUAAAUAUGGGCUGUUGGAUCAAAAUCGAUAUUCCAGAGAACUGCGGUCCAGAUGGCACAGGAGAACCAUGUAAAGGUAUACUCUAUAAUGUCGUGUUUGGGGCGACAAUGAUUUUUUCUUGUCUUGUUUCGAUGAUUGUCAAUAACGUUCGGAUUUGGGCGUAUGUUCGGAAGCAUGUGCAGGCUCACAAAGAGCGACUUUCGUUUGCAAGAAACGCGUACCUAGAUGCCACCGAGCAGAGUGCAGGCACCAAUGGGUCAUCGAAGAAGAAGAAUGCUGAAAGGAGUCCAUCUCAAGGAGCUUUCCAGCGACUUGAAGAAACACAGAAGCAACAUCAAGAGAAAUUGCAGAAACUCAGAACACAAGCUUUCUUGUUUGUAGGCGGUUUUCUCCUUUGUAAUGUUAUAGCCUAUUCGCUUCGAGGAAGGGAAGUAAUUGUCGGCUCUGGUAUUGGCCUCAAAGAGCUGCCAGUCACAACCUUUCCUUUCUUGGUACUACAAGCUAUGCUCUAUCCGCUUCAAGGAUGGGUGAACAUGUUUGUCUUUCUGAGACCUUCCUACUUGAGGCUUCGAACGAGCUUUCCUUCCGAGUCCAAGCUAUGGUGUUUUCGACAUGCCAUCUUUGGUGAUCCUGAGGACUGUAGCAACAGAGCCAACGAACCAGUACCGCUGAAGGGGGGCACCAGAAAGGUGGAAAGGAGGACGACAUCACAGACCGCUAAGAGUGAAGAAGGUGCUAUCACCUCAGGCAAUCUUUCUGCACCUGAUAGUACGACCGAGUCAAAGGAAGGGAAGGAUUCAAGACGGUCAGUGGUCGACGGUAACGAUCAUCAAGCUGAUCCGAAGGAAUCUCCUGAACGAAGUUCAUCAAUCGUAUUGAUGGACGGGUCCGUCCACACUGUCGUUUCUGCAGACAUGGACGAGUGA